AUGUCGACUACAACUUCCAGCGAGUACGAUGUACUCGAAAAAAUUGGCCAUGGCUCGUUUGGUAUUAUCCGCCGGGUAAGGAGGAAGUCGGAUGGUCUCAUCCUCUGCCGAAAGGAAAUCAACUACGGCAAAAUGUCCCAGAAAGAACGAGAACAGCUACACGCCGAAUUCCAAUGUCUCUCUAGCCUCCGACACCCCAACAUCGUCGCCUACUAUCAUCGUGAGCACUUGAAAAGCCAGCAAGAGCUCCACCUGUAUAUGGAAUACUGUGGAAGCGGCGACCUAGGCCGGGUGAUUAAGGACCUCACGAACAAGGGCCAGAGGGCUACCGAAUCUUUCGUGUGGGCCACCUUUUCACAACUCGUCUCGGCUCUGUACCGAUGUCACUAUGGCGUUGACCCUCCCGAGAUUGGGUCCGAUAUCCUGGGUAUCAUUUCCGGGGCCCAAAAUCAAAAGGCACCAGAAGGUGGUGUUGUGAUUAUGCAUCGUGAUUUGAAGCCCGAGAAUGUCUUCCUCGGCAAGGACAACUCAGUCAAGUUGGGCGAUUUCGGCCUGUCCAAGAUGAUAAAAUCACACGACUUCGCCUCAACCUAUGUCGGAACCCCCUACUACAUGUCUCCUGAGAUUUGCGCCGCAGAACGAUACACCCUCAAGUCGGACAUCUGGUCUUUGGGAUGUAUCAUCUACGAGCUCUGUGCUCGAGAACCGCCUUUCAAUGCCAAGACUCAUUACCAACUUGUGCAGAAGAUCAAGUCGGGAAAGUACCCGGCCCUGCCCGACUGCUACUCCCCCGAGCUUUCUUCCACAAUCCGAGAAUGCCUCCGGGUCAACCCCGACGAGCGACCUUGUACUUUCGAUCUCCUCCAGCUUCCUAUCAUGAGAUUGAUGAGAAAGGAGAAGGAGGUGUCUGACAUGAAUAAGACCCUCAGGGCGCGGGAAGCUGUUCUGGCUGCCAAGGAAGCCGAGCUCGCCCAACAAGCAGCUGCACUUGAGUCUACUAAGUCGCUGAUCCGUGACGAGAUUGACGCCAACCUCCGGAGGGAAUGGGAGGUCAAGGCUCAACUAGAGAUCACGAAACACAUAAAUAUAGAGCUAGAAAACCUCCAUCGACAAUUCGAUAUCGAAGUUCGCGCCCAAGUAGAGGCCGAAUUGAAGAAGAGAGCGGCCACCUCUCUCAGCAGCACAAAUCCUACCACACGGUCCGACCUGAUGUCCUCACUCAAGUCGACCCAACAGUCAUCCUCGUCUAUGGCGGCAGCGGAUAACAGCGAGUUGGGAGCUACCACAAAUACCGAAGUCACGGAGCCAGAUGUCCCGAGUUCGCCGCCUAAACGAGUGCUGGGAACGCCCAUGCGUAGAGUGCAAACGAUGUUUGCUGGCAACGCCGCGACUCCGGGAGACGUAGAGAUGUCGGAACCGUCUCCCAUGGCAAUCUCCUCUCUAUCACUGUCACCUCGCCGCAACCCCGCGACGAAGGCCCCUACUCUCGGUGGUGGCAUCUUCAAAGCCAAUGGCCACCAGCCUAACCCGGAUCUCCUCUGGAAUGUCCCUCGAGACUGCAAGACGCCUGAUUCUGACGAUGAGGAUCUGAUUCCAUCCCCCACCAGGAAUAUCAAGUCUAACAAGAACCCCUUCAUGCUCAAGAACCGCCCCAUUCUUCCAUCGAAGAUUUCCAACAAGCCUCUCCCGUUGAUUCCUCCUAUGCAAAUGAGCCCAGAGGGCCCCAAGGGUGGUCUCCAAGACCGCCCCGCAUCGCCAACUCGCCGAUUGAGUAAGAUUCCAUCGGCUACAUCGCUUGUGCACAGAAACAACGAAGCGGGCUGCCAGCUCGGCCGAAAACCCUCCAUCAAGAAGGAGGACCUUCCUCUCGGCAAGAUCGCCGCUAAGAACAACAUCCGGGGACGAACCUUGGUUGAGCUUCAGCAGGCCCGCGCCGGUGGCCGACCUCUUUCGGCCGUGAUCGCUCCUGGUGCCGAGAAUGUUAGCCCCAAGAAGGCGUCCAAGGACAAGCUAGUCGUGAGGAGGGCUAGCGACACCAUUCCUGGCUGCGUUGCUGUCUGGGAUCCCGAACGAGAUGAGAUGCCGAGUCCGUUUUUGGUGAGGACCAAGCCGCGGGGCCGAGUUUAG